AUGAGUUCAAAUAACUUGGAUUCUAUCUUCAUUCCUAGCUGUGAGAUCCUUCGUCCCGAAGAUGGAAAUGACUUGGACUAUCUGUUCAGAGUUCCUGCUGCCUAUGAUCAAAUUGGAUACGAUGGAUUUCCAAGUGGGCUUAGAGAGCAAUUAGGUAUACUCGAAACUAAUCUUCUUGAAACUGUUCGUAAAACUCCAAAGGAAUUCUGUGAGCCAUUCUUUAGACGCAUUCAUCCAAUUCUAGAGUUCCUUGUUAGUCAGUUUAAGACUUUAGAAGCUUUUGCAGACAUGCUUAGAUCAGUGAAAGAGGUCAAACCUCAGAAAUUGAGCAUUAUCUGUAGCUUAGCACGUAUUGUUCCUCUUCGAACAUCCGAUUACUUUCAAGAAUAUUUGGACAGCCGUCCAGCAGACUCUAUGGAAAUUAAGUUCAUGAAAAGACUCAUGAAUGUUGAUUGUUAUCAACAGCGUCUUAUGUUAUGCAUGUACGUUAGCAGAGCUGAGGCUAUGUACAAACUUUGUGAUGAAGCUUUCCAAGCUUAUAUGAGAUUAGGUUACAAUUUGGCAUCUCACCCUAUUGCCAUUGAUUCAACUCUGACUUAUCGAAUUCAAAGAUUCUAUAUGUCUCGUAUAUUCCACGACUCUUUCGAUGACAUCGUUGAUGAACUGAAGGAGGAUCCUAACAUCGCUGCUGAUUUUAUGUACUUGUUUCCUGCAAUCGAAGCUCUGUCAAAACUUGAUCCUGUUAUCAUUGCUGACAGCAGAUUCUUCUGCGAACGCGAUUAUAAGAGAUUUGUUAGCAAGUUCACGCGUGCAUCUGACACUGAGUUCGGAAUAGCUGAGAAGCUGAAACCAUUCUUGGAGGAAUAUGAAGUCAAGUUUGACAAUCUAGAUGAGUUAGUCAAGAAAAAUGUUGAUGAUAUGAUGGGCGUGUUCAACGGAAAUGUCGCUGGGAACGAAACUGUAGCUGAUUAUUACAAAGCGUAUCUGGAAGUCUUUGAAAAAAUCAAAGAAGAUUAUGAGAGAGGUGAUGAAGAGGUGGCUGAUGAAGAAAUGGCAGAGGAUCCUGAGGAUAUGGAAGACGAAAGCAUUGAUGAUGAAGACGAAGACGAGGACGAGGAAGAAGAUGAGGAGAUCGAAGAAGACGAAGAUGAGGAAGAAGAUGAAGAGAUUGAAGAAGAUGCCAACGAAAUGCACGAGGACGUUGAAGACAGUAAUGAGCACGAAGACGUCGAAAACAGUAAUGAACACGAGGACGUCGAAGACAGUAAUGAACACGAAGAAUCGAGCACUGAAUCUGAUUCGUCGGACGAAGUUGUAGUGCAGUAUCACAACGACCCUUCUGUACUUUAA